AAGCCAAAUGGCACACUGGGUCAUAAAAGUGCUAGGAGGCGUUGGGGUCAGACAGUCUUCAAGUCUGGAGAUAGUUGGGAAGAGUCUGAGGACUGUGAUUUCGGAGCCUCCCAUUCCAAGAAGCCAAGCAUGGGUGUUUUCAAAGAAAAGAGGAAAAAAGAUUCUCCAUUUUGGACUCCAGAGUCAGUACCCUCAGGCGCCAGCCACUCAGCGGAGAACACGAGCUUACCUGCGGCUGUGCCCCUAAAAUCUGAUUCUGAAUUUUCAACUGCUUCAACAGCUAAACAGUACUAUUUGAAACAAUCAAGAUACCUUCCAGGUGUAAGUCCCAAGAACGUGUCCUCGAUAGCCAGUGGAAAGGGUAGGGACCCGUACACGUGGGGUCAUCGGUUGUAUCCUAAGGCACUGGGACCCACUGGGGCAGACCUUGCUUUCACAAGGAGUAAUGCAGAAGAAAGCAUAAUUAAACCAAUUGAAAAACUAUCAUGCAAUGAAAGUUUUCCUGAAAAAUUAGAGGACCCACAAGGAAAUCUUGGAAGCUAUUCUACUUACAAUCAGUCAGGAUAUAUUCCUUCCUUUCUCAAAAAAGAAGUGGGGUCAGCUGGCCAGAGGAUCCACUUAGCACCUCUCGGUGCAACAGCUUCAGAAUAUACCUGGAAAACAAAAACUGGUCGGGGGCAGUUUUCUACUUACAAUCCUACAGCAAAAAAUCUAAAUAUCAUGAACCGCACACAGCCAGUUCCCUCAGUGCAUGGCAGGACAGACUGGGUGGCUAAGUACGGAGGCCACCGGUAA